ACACUGCACGGGAUGGACGCGCAGGACUGCCAGGCGGCCGCGACGCUCGGGCCGCCCGGGCCCGCAGCCCAUGGCUGCGUGGCCGCCUGGUGGGACAUGGUCGACCGCAACCUGCGAUCUUUUCCACAUUCCUGUUCAACGCUUGGACGAAAAAUUGCUGCUCUGUGUGACAGUUUUACUAGUAAAUCCUUAAAAGAACAUAUUUUCCCUCCUCUGAUAGACAUGUUAAUUUAUUUUAAUUUUUUCAAAGCCCCAUUUCUUGUGGAUUUAAAGAAACCAGAGUUAAAGAUUCCUCACACAGUGAACUUCUACCUGAGAGUUGAACCUGGGGUGAUGCUAGGGAUCUGGCACACAGUCCCCAGCUGCCGGGAGGAAGAUGCCAAAGGGAAGGACCGUUGCUGGUACGAAGCAGCCCUUUGCGAUGGGAACCCAAUCAUUGUUUAUCUUCAUGGCAGUGCAGAACACAGGGCAGCUUCUCACAGACUGAAGCUGGUAAAGGUGCUGAGUGAUGGUGGCUUUCAUGUCUUGUCUGUUGACUACAGAGGAUUUGGGGACUCUACGGGUAAGCCCACAGAGGAGGGACUGACUACGGAUGCCAUUCGUGUCUAUGAGUGGACCAAGGCAAGAAGUGGCAUCACUCCCGUGUGUCUCUGGGGCCACUCUCUGGGUACAGGAGUUGCAACAAAUGCUGCAAAAGUGUUAGAAGAAAAAGGAUGCCCAGCUGACGCUAUUGUCUUGGAAGCUCCAUUUACCAACAUGUGGGUUGCAAGUAUCAAUUAUCCUUUGUUAAAGAUUUACCGGAACGUUCCAGGAUUUUUACGUACAUUUAUGGAUGCCCUGAGAAAAGACAAAAUAGUCUUUCCUAAUGAUGAAAAUGUUAAAUUCCUUUCUUCUCCUCUUCUCAUCUUACAUGGAGAGGAUGACAGGACAGUGCCUUUGGAAUAUGGGAAAAAGCUCUAUGAAAUUGCACACAAUGCAUACAGGAACAAAGAGAGGGUCAAGAUGGUUAUCUUUCCUCCUGGCUUCCAACACAACUUGCUUUGUAAAAGCCCCACACUGUUAAUAACCGUGAGAGAUUUCCUGAGCAAGCAGUGGUCAUGAGUCUGGGAGGAGUGGAAAUCUUCAAUGAAGACUUGGUCCAAACACCACCUGUGAUGUAUAUUGUUUUAAGUAAAAUUGUACUGGGCUGGUCGGAUGAGCUGAAGCCAUUGACUUCUCUGCAAAUCACUUGCCAUUUUAACAACAGAAAUCACGAAUGUUAGGCAGUAUGGAAUGUUCUUGUUUAGUUUAUCAUAAUCUACGUUGUAAAACAUGCUGAAAUCUCACUGUGGAGAACCAAAAUUUGGUAAAAUCUAGAUCCUAUCUAAAAAUAUGUAGUUAUCAAACAUCCUAUGGAUAUUUGUGAAUAAGGUAGUUGCUAUGGUCUGAAUGUCUGGGCUUGCCCCCCAAAUUAUGUUAAAACCUAAUCACUAAUGUGAUGGUAAUAGGAGGUGGGGCUGAGCUCUCAUGAAUGAGAUUAGUGCCCUUAUAAAUUAAGACCAAAAGAGCUCUUCACUCCUCCUACCGUUUGAAGAUACAGUGAGAAGGCUUCAUCUGUGAACCACAAAGUAGCCCUCAUCAGACACUGAAUUGACCAGUGCCUUGCUCUUGGAUUUUCCAGCCCUCAGAACUGUGAGAAAUACAUUUCUGUUGUUUAUAAGCUA